UAGUUCUCACAUUUUAAAUGCAGGAUCGCUGGAGUCAGCAUUACAUUACACCAGUUUCGUCCCCGUAAACAAACCAUUUUGAAGACAAGCUGAGUAUCUACCCUAACAGAGUGCAGAACUACCGAUGCCAAAGAAACUUAGAAAAACAAAGCAAUCAACAAAAGAUAAUUAGCUAAACAAUUUUCAACCAAGUUUCCUUAGCAGACAACAAUCGUUGCAGAGGGAGAUAUCAUUUUAAAUAUAUGUUUUAAAUAUGGUGUCUCUUUUAUAAAACAUUCAGUACAAUUAAAUAAAUGGAUGGUAUUGGCAUGGUGUGGCAGACCUCCAAUUCGAAGUUAGCAGUAACCAAGAACCAAGCACCCGCCGAAGAUUCUAAAAUAAGUUUCAUGAGUAGGCAGCCAUUAUUUAUAUCACUUUCCGUGGCCGGAGUAAUGAUUCUUCUAAUGGGCGUUUGUGUUUUGUGGGACAUCUGCAUGAAACGUAUUAGACUAAAUGCCCUUCGAUUGCGACGGGGGUCGACACCAACAGACGAGAAAGGGAACCACUACGAGGAAGCUAUAUUGAAAACCCCGUGUAAAACUCCAAAGACGAAUAGAAUAAUAGUAACGAAAGAAAGAGAGGAUGACACAUCUACAUCAGAAACAGACGAUUCCGAUGAAAAGUCGCCACUGCCCGAUAUUGAUCCACAGGCAGCAUUUUCACCCUAUCAUUUGGCAUGGACCACACCAAUGCCAGGUGUGAUGGACUGUAAGAAAACAUCUUCUACAACAAGUACUGCAGCAAAAGCCCUGUUCGUCCCAUCAAGUGACACGUGUACUAUAAUAAACGAAAAAAGUUUAACAGACGAUAGUAUCGAGAGGGGCAUGUAUACCAUCAAUGAAUGCUCGUCACGCGACUCAAUUGAAAGUCAGGAAAGGUCAAUACUGGAUGUUAACAGCUGUGAUGUAGUCACGAAUUCACCUGAACACAUGACUAAAACAAUGUCGAAGACUGGCUUCACCUCGGGUUAUGCUAGUCAGUUGUCUGAACGCAUAUCACCACCAAUGUCAACACCAACACAAUUGUCACACCAUAAAAUCAGAUCCGAGGGCGAAAGGUCAUUUCAAACACCAAGAUUGAACUCAACCACGUCAUCAGAUUACGUGUUCUCUGUGUCGUCACAGUUCCAGUGUAACCAGACACCAAUCUUCAGCAUACCCGAAAACACACCCCUUGCAAGUAAACUUCCUAAAAAUUCUCAAAGACUAUUUUUAGAUUCGAACGUACCUUGUUCAAUGAAUAUGUUUCGACGGCUAUCUUCAGAAGAAGUAUCAACACCAAUGCUAAGAAAGUACAAUGGACCAACUCCAGCAGUGCGAAGAGUUAGCUCUUCGGAAGAAUGUGCUGAAACUGGCGGUCGACGCCCAAAUAGCGGUUUAGACGAUUCACUUAUGUGGGAUAGUUUCCAAAUGAGGUCUUCGUCGGAGUCGCUUCUCUGGGAUGAUUAUCUUUUAAAUCCACCAUCUCAACGGAAAGCAGCAGUCUACGAUCAACAUCCUCAUUGUAAUGACUUGACUUAUUUGUCUAUAUCCGUGGUUGACCAUUGUAGCAGUGACCUGAAUGUUAUCUAAAUUUGUUUACCUAUUUAUUCAUCAAAUGUAGUGCUCAAUCAGCUGUAUAAACGUUUGCCAAUGUUAAAAUGAUUUUAUUAGGGCAAUAGCAGCCAUGUCUGAUCUGUAUAUUUUUUAGUACUUUUGUACAAAUAAAUACAUUUCAUUGUUUUUGGAUUGGAUGAGGGUUCAUUGUAAAUUUAUUUGCCGUCCGUUUCCACGAUACAGUGGUAUCGCAGACAAUUUGAGUAAACUGUAUCGUUAACUAAAUUAUCCGGAUUUCUAAUAACUGUGUCACGUGAGCCUAGCUUUAAUAAAUCGUACUUUUGGCUCAAUAGGUUCGACAUAAAAACAUAUAUUUAUUGGGAAUCGAUUUGGGUCUUGUAUUAUUUGACUUCAUAAUCGACAAUUUCUCAAAAUAUAUAAAUUGAAAUUACUUGGCAAAGCGUGAGCUCUUCCACAAGGAUUAUAUGGGUAAUUUGAAACUAUUUUAGUAUUAUAGAUGAUGAACUUUAAAAAAAUUAAAAAAAUAGCAACGGAUGAUAUUUUCAUUUAAGGACUUCGCUUACCUAAUAAACGGUUGUUUUACUUUUGUAUUGUAUGCAGUGCUUAUCCAUUUUGUGACGGAAUUCCUCAUUGUGUUUUCAUCAAGUACCCGUUUUAAAUGCUAAUAUUUACUAACCGACUAUGUGUUACAAUGACAUUAUUGUGCUGAAUAUAUGAAAGACAAAAAUAUAGUUUUGUUAUAAAUAUUGAUUUUUAUAUUUAUUAAUCCCAUGUAAAUGAUAAUGGUAUGUAUAGAAAUAAAUUUAUAAAAUUGAUGAUCUGUUUGUACAUAAAGUGUUUGCAUGUGUAUUCGUGUAUGUAGAAUGUUAUGAAUAAAUCAUUUGAUUAGUUUUAUUAACGAUAGAAUGUUCAUGUUUGUGAUGCCACACAGUUCUGUGUUGGCCACUGAAGGAAUUGGAUUUAAAGGAGCUAAAUCGCUGACAUUUGGGACCUAGAAAUUAACA